CCAUAAUGCCAGGCUUUAUAGUGUGUGUUUGAUGUCUGUCAUUUUGCAGAGCAACAAACAACAGAGUUUAAACCCACUGUUAUUAACACACACACAAAAAGACACUCACUCUCUUUCUCUUUCUCUCUCUCUCUCUCUCUCUCUCUCUCUCUCGCUCUCUCUCUCUCUUUCUUUCUCUCUGUCUUGAGUGUCUAAUGAAUUUGCUGUCAGUUGCUUCUUCCUCUCGGUUCCAGUCACACGUCUCUGCAUCGAACAAAGAUGAUGGACGAAGAAGCCACGAAGCGUUACUGUCGUGACGAGGGACUGAAGCCCAAACCAGCUGAGCGAGAGAGUAAAGUUCAGGUCAUUCAGGAGGAGAGAGAGAUCACCGUCCUGCCGCAGAGGAAGACGGACACAAUGGCCGAGAUGAAGUUGUCGGAGUCAGACUCGUCCUCCUGCUGUUCGUGUUGUAUCAGACUGAAGGACAGAUGUCCUCGACCUCAGGGACUCAUCAGCCUGCUCAUUACUAAAGUGUGUCUGUUUGCUCUGCUGUUCGGAGUUGUCUGGUCCAUCACAGGAAGUGAGUGUUUACCUGGAGGGAACCUGUUCGGCCUCGUCAUCCUCUUCAUCUGCUCCGUGCUCGGAGGGAAACUGGUGGGAAUGAUUCAACUGCCCACGCUACCCCCCUUCCCUCCUCUACUUGGUAUGUUGCUGGCAGGUCUGUUGCUGCGUAAUGUUCCGUACAUAACAGACGCCGUCUUCAUCAACACUCACUGGUCUGCAGCUAUGAGGAACAUCGCCCUGUCAAUCAUCCUGACCAGAGCUGGGCUGGGCCUCGACCCCUCGGCAUUGAGUCGUUUGAAGGCGGUGUGUGUGCGUCUUGCGGUUGGCCCCUGUGUGCUGGAGGCCUGCACCGUAGCUGUGGUUUCUCACUUCCUGCUGGGUCUGCCCUGGGUCUGGGGUUUCAUACUGGGCUUCGUCCUGGCUGCAGUGUCUCCGGCCGUUGUGGUGCCUUCGAUGCUGCUCCUGCAGAGAGAGGGAUACGGAGUGGAGAAGGGAAUCCCCACCUUGCUGAUGGCUGCCGGGAGUUUUGAUGAUAUUCUGGCCAUUACAGGGUUCUCCACCUGCCUGGGAAUCGCCUUCUCUACAGGUUCCACGUGGAUGAACAUCCUGAAAGGUCUCCUGGAGGUAGUGGGAGGGGUCAUCGCUGGGCUGAUUCUGGGUCUGUUCUUGUGCUUCUUCCCAAGCAAAGACCAGGAGGACCUUGUGUUGAGAAGGACUCUCAUGUUGUUGGGUUUGUCCAUAUUUUCGGUCUUCUUCAGUCACGUGGUUGGUUUUGCCGGAGCCGGUGGGCUCUGUACGCUGGUGCUGGCCUUCCUUGCUGCUCUGGGCUGGAAAACCGACAAAGCCCCAGUGGCAGCCAUGGUGGGUCAGGCAUGGGAUGUUUUCCAGCCUCUCCUGUUUGGUCUGAUUGGAGCAGAGAUCACCAUAGCAACCCUCAACCCCAGCACCGUGGGUCUGGGUCUGGCCUGUAUCAGUAUCGGUCUGGUGAUCCGUCUGCUCGUUACCUUCCUGCUGGUUCAUUUCGGAGGAUUCAAUCUGAAGGAGAAAUUCUUCAUCUCUGUGGCCUGGCUGCCGAAAGCCACCGUACAGGCUGCUAUUGGCUCGAAGGCUUUGGACAUGGCGAGAGAGGUAGAAGAUGAGGCCUUAAUAAAGUUUGGAUUGGAUGUGCUAACGCUAGCUGUGUUAGCCAUCCUCACCACAGCUCCCAUAGGGGCACUGGGUAUCGGACUGGCAGGACCACGCCUCCUGGAGCGACAGGUCAAAGACGACGUGGAGGGCGGAACCAAGACUCCAGGCAGCAAUGGUAUUGGUGGAGAAAAAGACAACGUGACCCUUGAGAGCAGGCUAUGAAGGCUCUGAUUGGACAAAAGAAGACUUCAAAUACCACUCCCUAUGUUCACUCUCUAUGCAGAUGAUAAACAUUGAUUUAUUUAUGUGUAGUUUCUUUAUGUUUCCUUCGUACUUUGGCUCGCUAUUGCUAGCUUUGGCUAGCUACUAUCAUCUACCCCUCUGCCCUUUAUGUCUCAGCGAUUUAAGAGGGAAAAUCACUGUCGACAUGAUUCUGUGACUGCAAAAAACCAUUUCAAACCCAUGUAAAGUUACAAGCACAAAUAAAAGCUUUUGGAGAAAA